GGGAGCCAGGAGGGGAGCCAGGAGGGGAGAGGACGUCAUGUUGAGGAAACGAAACCUAAAGCACCCCGACGUGGAAGCAGUUCUCUCUUUCAGGAGAAUAAUAACACGCAUUAAAUAGUCUGACAGACAGAAACAACAACAAGGAAUGGCCUCUGCUAUCGCUUCCUGGUCUGGAGAGAACUUUUCAUGUCCCAUCUGUCUGGAGGUGUUCAGCAGUCCAGUCACCACACCAUGUGGACACAACUUCUGCAGAACCUGUCUAACAAAGUUCUGGGAUGAACAAGUCCAGUUCAAAUGUCCUGUUUGCAAUGAGCUUUUCGACGCAAGACCUGAUCCACGGGUCAAUACCCUCUUAUCAGAGUUGGCCGCUCAGUUUAGAACUAAUGUAAAAGUAAAAGAGCAGCCUUGUGUUGAACAAGCAGAAGUUCCCUGUGACGUCUGUACCGGGACCCAGCUGAAGGCGCUGAAGUCCUGCCUAGUGUGUCUUAUCUCUUAUUGCCAAACCCACCUGGAGCAACAUCAGAGAGUCGCAGGCCUGAAGAAACAUCGGCUGGUCGAGCCAAUGGACCGUCUGGAAGACAGGAUGUGUAAGAAACACGACCGACUUCUGGAGCUCUUCUGCAAGACUGAACAGGUGUGUGUGUGUCAGUUCUGCACAGAGACAGACCACAAGUUCCACCCUGUUGUACCUCUAAAGGAAGAAUAUGAAGUGAAGAUGGCCCAGCUGGGGAAGAUAGAGGCUGAAGUUCCGCAGAUGAUCCAGAAGAGACAACAAAAGAUAACGGAGAUCAAAGACACAGUAGAAUUGAGCAAGAAAGAUGCAAACAGAGACAUUGCAGAUGGUUUGCAGAUCAUCACUGCUCUGAUGCGCUGCAUUGAAAAGUGGCAGGAUGAUUUCAACCAAACGGUUAAAGAAAAACUGAAAUCCAAAGAGAAACAAGCUGAAGACCUCAUCAAAGAGCUGGAGCAGGAAAUAGAAGAUCUGACCAAUAGAAGCUUAGAGGUGAAGCCACUCUCACACACUAAAGACCACCUCCACUUCCUCCAGGCCUUCAGAUCCCUGAAGAAUCCUCCACACAUCAGGGACUGGACGACGGUGGAGGUCCGUCCUCCGUCAUACGUAGGGACCUUGAGGAGAUCUGUGGAUCAGCUGGAGGAGACACUGAACAUGGAGAUGAAGAAGCUGCGUGAUGAUGCUGAACUGAAGAGGGUCCAGCAGUAUGAAGUAGAUGUGACUCUGGAUCCUGAUACAGCUCAUCCCAAUCUCAUCCUGUCUGAGGAUGGGAAACAAGUACAUGAUGGAGGUGUAGGGAAGAAAGGCCUACUCCCAGACAACCCUAAGAGAUUUACAAAGUAUAUGUAUGUUCUCACAAGGCAGAGCUUUUCCUCAGGGAGAUUUUACUUUGAGGUCCAGGUUAAAGACAAGACUUCAUGGUGGUUAGGAGUGGCCAGAGAGUCCAUCAACAGAAAAGGUCAGAAAAUAUUGACCCCUGAGAAUGCUUUAUGGACUCUUCACUCAUAUAAGGAUGGGUUUAUAUUCCAGGAUGACCCUGUUGUCCGUCUCCCUCUGAGAGCUAAGCUCCAGAAGGUGGGGGUGUUUGUUGAUUAUGAUGAGGGUCUGGUCUCCUUCUAUGAUGUGGAAGCCAGGGUUCAUAUCUACUCUGUUACUGGCUGCACCUUUACUGACCCUCUGUAUCCAAUCCUCUGCCCAGGUCUUAAGGAUUAUAACGGUAACAACUCUGCCCCCCUGAUCAUUUCACCUGUCAAUCAAACAGACUAGGACCUUUGUUUGAGAAUAAAAUAAUCAAAAUUCCAAAACAGCCAAGGUUGUUUCUUGAAUUAGAUUCUCUACUAUGUGAGAUCUGAGAGAACUGUAUUCAUAUCAUACUUUUCACCGUUUUAACAAGGAUCAAUACAUUAAGCCACUAACACUGUGUAGCCUACUAUAACAAAUAUAUAACCCAUUAUAUCAUAAGACUACACUAUAUGUGUCAUGUCACGCAAAGUUUGUUAAUUCUGUUGAGCCAAGUUAAUAUCACUCAUGUAUUGUCGUUCACUUUCUGUUUUAUUUUGUAGUUCCCUUUUCCCUCUCGUUUCAGGCACUUGACUUUCUCAACUGUGAUUGCCUCCCCGGUCUCUGAUUCGUCUCACCUGUGUUCCCCUCCCUCAUGUAUAAAUAGCCCUUGUUUUCCAUUGUCUAAUGUCAGUUCGUCUUGCGUCCCCAGCGUAUUGUCAAGCCUCAGGAUUUGUUAGUUUUUGACACUUGUAGAUACUACUGUAUUUAACUGUGUUUUGUAUACUCCUAAGCGAGCACCUUUUGGUUAUAGUUUUGUAUCCUCCAUGAGAGCGUUUUUUGUUACCUUUUUCUAGUAAAGCGUUUUUGGUUUAAACAUA